AACACAGCGUUUAGAUUACGCCCGCAAUUCCGAUUCUUCGAUUCUUCAGAAAUAAAACAAUACGAAACCCUAACCAUUAACCACACCAGACGAAAAAUAAACGCAGAGGUCUCUCUGUGUGUGUGUAAUAUUUAAAAAAUAAUAAUAAUAAUAAUAAAAGAAUGGUGUUCUACUUCAAAGCCAGACCAGAGGUAGGAGAUUACACCAUUUUUAUGGGUCUCGAUAAGUACGAGAAUGAAGAGCUCAUCAGAUAUGGUUUCCCUGAAGAUAUUUGGUUUCAUGUGGACAAAAUGUCUUCUGCUCAUGUUUAUUUAAGACUGAACAAAGGCCAGACAAUUGAUGAUAUAAGUGAAGGUUUACUGGAGGAUUGUGCUCAGCUUGUCAAAGCUAAUUCAAUCCAAGGCAACAAAGUGAACAACAUUGAUGUUGUUUACACUCCAUGGGCCAAUUUAAAGAAAACUGCUUCCAUGGAUGUUGGCCAAGUUGGCUUCCACAAUUCAAAGAUGGUUCGAACUGUAAGAGUGGAGAAGCGGAUUAAUGAAAUAGUUAAUAGAUUGAAUAGAACAAAAGUCGAAAGAAAGCCUGAUUUGAAAGUCUCUGUUUGUCUUGGUGAUGCUUUAUUUACCACAUAUAAUUGCAGCCGAAAGAGAAGCAGUCAAUGCAGCAGAAAGAGCAGAGAGAAAGCUUCAGCUGAGAGAUAAAAAACGUCGAGAGGAAAUGGAAAGGCUUGAAAAAGAGAGACAAGCAGAGAUUAGGAGCUACAAAGGGUUGAUGGUGUCUGAAAAGAUGACAUCUAACAAGCAGAUUGCAUCUGAAAACAAGUCCUUGCAGGAGCUGGAAGAGGAUUUCAUGUAAGCCCAAAUGUUAUGCCGAAUUUGCUGCCCUUGAAGAAGAGGGUUCUCAUUCAAUUUGUAACUCUAGACAAGAAGUUGUUUCCCCUUGUACAAAUAAAUCACCUCAGUUUCAUGCCUGCGGUGUUUCGAUAUUGGUAAGGAAAAUUCAGAAGAGAGAUGUCUAACGCCAGUAUAAGGCAGGGAGUGGGGGGUUGGGGUUGAAUAACUUUUUUUACGGUGACCGUAAGUUGUAAUUGGAUGAUGAUGAUGAUUAUGAAAAUGAUUGAGACGUCAUUGGUAUUGUGUGAGAA